AUGGAGACCAGCAAUGGAAGUUCCAGAACAGAUUUCAUCCUCCUGGGCUUUUCUGAUCAGCCCCAAUUAGAACGCAUCAUCUCUGUGGUUGUCUUCAUCUUCUAUAUUGUAACUCUGGUAGGAAACACAACUAUCAUUCUUGUAUCUUGCCUAGACCCCCAACUCCAUACUCCCAUGUAUUUCUUCUUAUCCAAUUUGUCUUUUUUGGACCUCUGUUAUACAACUAGCAUUAUCCCCCAGAUGCUGAUAAAUCUAUGGGGUCCAAAAAAGUCUAUUACACAUGGAGGGUGUGUGCUCCAAUUCUUCUUUGCCCUUGACUUGGGAGCCACAGAAUGUCUUCUCUUGGCUGUGAUGGCUUAUGACCGCUAUGCUGCUGUCUGUCAACCCCUUCACUACACAGUAAUAAUGCACCCUCAGCUUUGCCAGAAGAUGGUGUUGACUGCCUGGUUAGGUGGUCUUGGCAGUGCCUUAAUUCUUUGCUCUUUGACUUUGAAGUUGCCAAGAUGUGGGCACCGGAAGAUGGAUAAUUUUUUCUGUGAAUUGCCAGCAUUGAUCAAGAUGGCUUGUGUCUAUUCAAAAGUAAUUGAGGUUGUUGUCUUUGCUCUUGGAGUGGUAUUUCUUCUGAUACCUCUAUCACUAAUUCUGAUCUCAUAUGGAGUCAUCACUCAAGCUGUCAUGAGGAUCAAGUCAGCAGCAAGAUGGCAAAAGAUCCUUAAUACAUGUGGUUCCCAUCUCACAGUAGUAACUCUGUUUUAUGGAACAAUCAUUUAUAUGUACAUGAAGCCACAGACUAGCACCUCCCAAGAUGAGGGGAAGUUCCUUACUCUCUUUUACACCCAGCCUUAACCCUCUGAUCUACACUUUAAGAAACAAAGAUGUAAAGAAUGCAAUAAAGAAAAUACUGUGGAUAGAAAAAUGGCCAGCAAAGUCAUGAAUUAGAUGGAAAAAUCAGA